AUGCUGUUCGUGGCCUACGUCGUGGGCGGCUCCAUCUCGACGCAGAUUGGCAUUAUCUUCCACGAGUUCACGCACAACCUGUGUGCGGCCACCACACUGCAGAACCGCUGGGUUGGCAACUUUGCCAACAUCCCGCUGCUUGCGCCGCUCGCACAGUCGUUCCGCCGGUACCACCUCGAGCACCACACUUACCAGGGCGUGUAUGGCUAUGAUCCGGAUCUGCCCCUGGAGUGGGAGAUCCGCCUGAUUGGCAACGACCCCGUGCGCAAGUUCCUGUGGCUCAUCAUCUACGGCGUCAUGUACAUUGGUCGCGGACUUGCUCAGCAGAAGCAGCUGUCGCGCUGGGAGCUGAUCAACUGGGCCUGGACCAUCGGCUGCGACGUCGCCCUGUACUACUUCUGCGGUGCGCGUGGCGUCCUGUACCUUGUUGCCUCGGUGCUGCUUGGAUUUGGCCUGCAUCCCGGAGCCGCCCACUUCAUCCAGGAGCACUAUACGUUCCGCGACGGACAGGAGACGUACUCGUACUAUGGCUCUGGCAACUGGUUCUGGCUCAACAUUGGCUACCACAACGAGCACCACGACUUCCCGCUCGUUCCCUGGACCAAGCUGCCCGAGAUCAAGCGCAUUGCCCCCGAGUACUACGACGACCUUGCCUACCAUACCUCGUGGUGCGCUGUCCUGUACAUGUUUGUCACCUCGGCGCUGCUGGCUCCGCAGUCGCGUGUUGUGCGCACCCUCGAUGCCCACCGGUACGCCCGCAAGCACCUGAAGGUGCCCACCAAGGAGCAGGUUAAGGCUCUGAGCGCCGAGAAGGCCGCCUUUGUUGCCAAGAUGAAGAAGACUGCCGACCUGAACAUGGAGAAGGCCCGGGCCCGCAAGAUGGCAAAGACCAACUAA